CAGCCCACGACUCUUGCUGAGCUGCCGGACCCAUUAUCUACCAAGGUAACCCCCCCAUUGCGUAGCCCACACGACAGCUGCUACACCCGCCUAAAUAGCAACAAAUGGCACCCCCACCGCCAGCCUCGAUGCCUCUGGGCCAGCGCCUUGCUGCUCUUGCGCAAACUCUUCAGUUCGCCUGGUUUGCUGGGCACGUUACGCUGCUGCUCUCUACUCUGCGUUACGGCUUGUCUUACAUCACCUUUAACUUUUCCUCGCGAUGGGCGUCGUUUUCCUACCGCACUGCCUUCCUGUCGGCCUGCGUCACGUACGGCAUCGUCGUCUACAAGGCAUACCGCGCCCGCAUGAGGGCAGGCAAGCAGAGCGGUGUUGUUGCUCUUGCUACUGACGAAAAUGUGCAAUACUUGAUCAUGGCCCUCACAUGGCUCUUCUCUCGCCAGAUCCCGCUUGCCAUCCUUCCCUUCUCCGUCUACUCCAUCUUCCACGUCGCUACCUAUGUGCGCGCCAACCUGUUGCCCACUAUCCAGCCCCCACCCGCUGCUCCGGCCGGCGCUAAGCCCCAGGCAUCAGCCGCCUCGGACGCUAUCGGCAGGUUUGUCAAGGAAUACUAUGACAGCUCCAUGACGCUUGUUGCCCUACUCGAGAUUUUCCUGUGGUUCCGCGUCUUUGGAUCUGCACUCCUCUUCCAGAGGGGCUCGUGGAUCCUGCUCGUUGUCUACACCGUCUUCUUCCGCGCCCGCGUUGCACAGAGCAGCUUUGUCCAAGAGGCCAUUAGCCAGCUUACUGCUCGCAUCGAUGCUCAGCUUGCUAACCAGAGCACUCCUCCUGCUGCCAAGCAGGGCUGGGGUACUUUCAAGACUGUCGUUCGUCAAGCUGCUGAUGCUACGGAUAUCCGCAAGUACGUCGGAGGCCAGCCCGGUGCCGCUCCCAAGAAGGCGCAGUAGAUGUUCAAAUAAAAUUAUACAAGCGACUUGCCUUGACUUCAACCAUGCUCGACAAGUCACAUGUUGGGGGAGUCAUUUGGUAUGAAUCCUGACGAAGACAAAGCAGUCAUGAAUGGCAAUAGAAACGUUUUUUGUUUGGCAUGGAGCGAGGCUAGUCGAAAAGGAAAAAGCGUUUGCGCAGGAGAUUUGGUUCAUUAGCGAUAUCCCCGUGUACGCGAGGCUGUGUGUGUGGCAUGACGCGGCCUAAUGUGGAUGAUUGUCGGAAAAGCAAAAGGAGAGUGUAUAUCCGACUCAAGGAUACUGAUGAAGCGUUUGUGAACUAGUCCGUGGAUCAUGGACGACGUGGUUGUGGCUAUUUCUGUUUGUUUGUUUCUUUUUUAAACUCUUUUACCUGGCCAAGAGUCUAUGGUAGUGUUUGCUCAAGCGCAGGUAAAAUGAAUACACGAGAAUUAUUGAUAUCGAUUUGUGGGUUUU